UUCAAAUCGGAGGCUCAGUGCACUGAGAUUUGUCGUCCGUGCCACGUCCUUCUCUCCGCGGCUUUCCAGGAGGCCACCGCGCCGAACUGCCAGACACCAGUCCGCAGGCUUGAGUGGUCCGGCGUUGGAGAGAGGGAGGGGUAAACCCCUCUUGUGAUGGAGGAUGGGUUUUGAAGAGAGGAUCCGCUAAACCAACUACGACCAGAGAGCUGUUGGGAUGCUGUGUCGUGGAUGCUCCCAGUACGCAGUAGAAGCGCGACAGGAAAAGAAGCAGGGAGGGAUAUUGUAACAAUGUAGUGCAGAAGUUCACAGCCUGGUGCCUCAGGGGGGUCAGCAUAUUGUAUCCGUCCAAAGUAUUUGUUGGCUCGAGGCCUUGCCGAUUAUUGCAAGCGUUUGGUUCCAUGUUUGUCCGCCUUCCUUUGUUCUUAUGUUGUUACUUCCGCAAGUCGAACGCGCAUUGCCAUUACAUUCUUCACGCCAGCAUUCUACCUCGACGCCAGCAGUCAUCAGUUGGGCCAUACUCGUUCGUGUCCGCCGCCCGUCACAUCACUCUUGCAGGAGGAAUGCGUUCGCCCACUCCCGAGGAUAGUCCCUUGCGAAUCAGAUUGUCCUCUCACGUGUUCGACACAUCGCAGUGGCGCCAGCCCUGCACAUCAGUAUUCCCGCGUCCUCCGGCGGCAGCACACUUGGUUGCCGCACGUGCCUGGUAGUGUAGCCAGUUGCGAACACCAGGUAGGCACAUCAGGGACAAUUGUACGGAUCUCGUGUUUCUUGCGCGCCCCCGUGUCUCGCAGAAUCGAUGCUUAUGCAUAUUGGAAGUACAUCGUUGCCCUUCUCGAGACGAUCGAGUCACUUCCCGAAACGUGUGGGCGCAGUCGUCCAUCACUUGCUCCAACUCUUUUCUUUUACCCUGGUACUGGUCACCGAGUCGCCUCACACUCUGCCGAAGCCGUUUUGGGCUCAAGUCGUUUUUGCCCAAGCGCCCCGAACAGUCAACAUCUCCGCUACCGUUUCAGAGCACCUCGUUCCCGAUAUGUUCGGGCGGUUUCUCGGCGCAGCUGCUAUCGCUGCAGUCAGUGGUCUGAAGAUCACGGGCCCGCAGGAGUCUAUGCAGUUGAUGGGUUCCCACGUCGUGUCCGCACUGGACCCUGAGUUGGUCAACACGCUAGGCGAGAAGUUCCACGUGACUCUGCCUGGAGAGUGGAAUUUGAUUGGAAUUCCCAGGGGGUUCGACCCGUCGAAUACAGAAGCUGCGGACUUGGUCGUCAAUGCAACUAUUGAGGAUGUGGGACUCAAAGAUUGCGACGACCUCCUUAUCCGUAAAGUGUCGAUCUUCGGGCAGAAGUUGGGGAGCAAUAUCACUUCUCUGGAGCUGUCGGUCGGUAGCGAUGUCUUUAACGAAACUGCCACCAUGGGGCUGAUCGUCAACACACCGUCGGGGUCUACUAAUGCCACCGCUGAUCCAGCAGCUUUCGUCCAGCUGGUGCCGCAAUGCCAGAUCACGCGUCCUCGCGGCACCAUCGCGGAGCCCACGAAGAACAGUUUCCGCAAGCGCACGAAGCUCUUUACCGCGGUGUGUUCCUUGGAGAAUGGAGCGAACGUGAUCACCGUGACUUGGUCGACCGUGUGGCGCGGAUUUAACGCUGGAAGCGUAUAUUACCAAAACGACAUGGAGGUGUAUGUUUCGGGGGUUGGGGACGAUCCCGCAGGUCUUCUUGGCCCCGACGAUCACACGGAGGCCAGCAGGAUGGUCUCUGGGUGUUUCAAGCCGCAGCCCGUGGGCGGGCCUUUCCAGAGUAGGAAGAAUGCUUGACUAGACGCUUGAUACCUUAUCUUUGAUCACGGCGGCGGUUGAGGUGGCCGACAGAGUGAUUUUUGUUAGUCGGUGGAGCGCGUUGGCCUCCGCCAUUUUGACCGCUGGUGGGAAAGCGAACAAACAUCGCAACACAUAAAAACAACAAUCUUGGCGACUGGCCC